GGUUAACAAAAGGACGUUAAUCAACAACGAUAAAGUGUACCUAAUGGAGCCUCGCAGGAUCUCUUCAAAAGCUACGCGCACUUGGCAAAAAUACGCGAUGUCUUCUUCACGCGUCGCCCAACAAUGGCGCAUACGUGACUCAAUUCCGGAAACGACCAGGUUACGAAAUGAAAGCUGUGACAGUUCAGCAGCGAUCUCAUAAGUGUCACCGUCCUCGAAGCGCAGAUCAGAGAGCACCUACCGCUCUGUUAGAAGGGACAACCAUGGACGAUUCGAUGGGAGACAAAUCUCCCCACCGACAUAUAACGCUGGGCUCGCAAGACUCUCGGUCCAGAUUUCCAACUUCUAAUCCUCAAACAUCUGGUCAAACACGUCGUCACAGAGCUCUUCCGUGCCAACAUCAGCCAAGAUGCACAAGAAGCUCUUCACCUUCGCCCUCAUCGGCCUGGGCGCCGCCUCGAAAGUUCCUGUCGUGGAGGACGCUGACAUCCCCAACCUUCGAAAUGCUGAAGGUGCUCUCGGUCUCGCCAAGCGUCAAGGGCCACUGGGCGGCGUCGGAUUGCCAGGUCUGCAGGCACUUCAAAGCGUUGCAAAUGGCCUUCCCCUUCCCGUUAAGAAGCGUCAGUUACCUGAUCACGUGCCUUUGGUCAACAACGAUGAGCUUCCCGACCUGAAGAACACGGAGGGAGCCUUGGGCAUUGACACGGCUCGGGUGGUCCCCAGCAAGAUACCGCUGGUGGACAACAAAGACCUUCCGGAUCUGGGCAACGCAGAAAAGGCUGUUGGACUCGACAAGCGCCAAUUUCGUGGUGCUAAGCUACCUCUUUUGAACACAGAUGAGCUCCCCGAUCUGGAUCCAACCCUGAAGGCGUUUGGUUUGGAGGGCAGCUCCCGCCGCUCUCGCAGACGCCGCCAACUCAGCUCGGCAGACUUUCCACUGGUCAACGAACAGGAUCUGCCCAACCUGGACAACACAGAGAACGCACUAGGACUUGGAAAACAGAACAAGCGACAACUCCCGAAGAUACCCCUUAUCGACGAGAGCGCUCUGCCGGACUUGAGCGGCACAGAAGCUGCAUUUGGCAUCAAGGAUGAUCGAAGGGUCAAGAAGCGCGGCCUUGCUCUGCCAUCUAUCGGUGACAACUCUGCCCUAGACGGCGUCAAGAGGUUGGCUGGCGCGCUCGAAGGUGCCGCAUCAGAUGCGACAAGCCAAGGCACAGGCGGCGCUACCGGUUCCGCCGGUAUCGCGGGUCUCAAGAAGACAAAGCGUGAUGGCCUCGGUCUGCCCCUGCUUGACAAAGCACAACUGCCAGACUUGAAGAAGGCCGAAAGCGCUCUUGGCAUUUUGGACAACACAGGCGACACUCAGAAGAGCGGCAGCAACAAGAGGGCUCGAAAGACCAAGAAGCGUGCUGAUGGUGGCCUUGGCUUGCCCCUCCUCGACAACCUUGCUUUGCCCAAUCUGAACAAGACGGAAAGCAGGCUCGGCAUUCACCUUCCCUUCAGGGCUUAAAUAUGUAAGUCAUUAGACAUUUUAUCUUCGAUUGUCAGCCAGAGGGCCUAGAGCUUUAUUGGCGCACAUACCCUUUAAUUGUACUUUGCCCUUUUGAUUUCCUUUGUCACAAGAGAGAAGAUUGUUUGUGGAGGUAUUCAUUCGCGGAUGAUAUCGUCGCUGGCGAUUCAGGAUUCAAU